AUGACUACAAAUAUCGCAGAGUCUGUAAAUGCCCUCUUCAGGCACGCCCGUAAGUUGCCGGUUACCGCCUUACUUGACCACAUUAGAGAAAACAUGUAUGCCGAAUAUUCAGAUAGUGCGCGGAGACACAUUGUAGACAACAUUGACCAGUUCCAUUUCCAGGUACGGGAUGACAACCUUGACGGGAUUGUUGAUUUGAACGCUAUGACGUGUAGUUGUUGGGAGUUUGAUUACUUUAAGAUUCCGUGCUCUCAUGCUAUUGCGGCGGCGACGAUGCGAAAUAUAAAUCCAUACAGUCUGUGCGACGAGGCAUAUACGACGAACUCCUGGAUAUUGGCUUAUGCAGAACCCAUAUUUCCAGUCGGACACGUCUCGACAUGGAACAGUUCGCCAGAGUUUGUCAACAUACCGGUGGAACCACCGAAGACUGUUCCAAGAGUUGGGAGGAGGAAGACAACUAGGAUUCCUUCCACGGGCGAGGUACGACAAACACGUAAGUGUGGUCGCUGUGGUGCGUGGGGACACAAUCGCAAAAUAUGUAGCGAACCCUUUACCACAUUGUGA